AUGCUGGCCGGUUUUCAGGCUCGAUUCCGAUUUCCGGCCGCCUACUGCCCACUCUGGUUGGAGCUCAAAAUUCUCUGCAGCCAACGAUUCUCUCUUUCACAACUCCUUAGUAAAACAAGAAUGGGAACUCAAGCUCCAACAAAGAGGCCCUUCUGCGCUUCGUGCUCGAAGCCUGCUCGUCUGUGUCUCUGUUCACGCAUCAAGACCCCCUCGCUCGAUAACUCAAUCGAGGUGACGAUUCUUUUACACAGUCAAGAAAGAAAACAUCCUCUGAAUUCUACAAGAAUUGCUACGUUAGGGCUCAAGAACCUCACGGUAGUCACGGUUUCUGAUGUUCAUAUCGAAGCGAGGUUCCUCAUUCGCUUGCUCGAGCCGUGCCCGAGAAUAGUAAGCGCAUCAGGUAUUGAGCUAGCUCUGUUCACCGAAUCGGAGAAGAGAACUGCCCUGAUUGAUCCCAAUGGAGAACGUGGAGCAGCAAAUGAUACUAAUCCUUCUCUGUCAACAAGCGAUCUCAGAGUUUUAGAAGAACAUGAAUCAGCAAUCCAAAUCGACGGAAAACUCCUGGAAAAGCAAACUUGCAUUGAAAUGAUUUCAACUCUACCGGCAGUAAAGGAAGCAACAUCAGAUACCCAAGCUGGUGCUGCUAAUGGAACUAAAGCAGCUACAAGUAAAGAAGAAUCUGUCGUCACUGCAACCAUUUCUAAAUGUGGCUACACCUGCUCUCUUACCCAGCUCAAAACAUCUCAAAACGACACUGAAAAACCAGAUUUCGAUCAGCUUUUAGCCACUCAGUUAGGCCAAGAUGUCAUCGCCAAUGGGUUCGUCGUGAAAAAGCUGCAGAAAAAGCAACUGGAUGGGAUCAAUGAACUGGAAGAGUAUGAAGAGUUUGAAGUAACGGUUCCUCCUGGCUCCGCCCUUCUCUUCCCAACCAAGAAAUCAAUCGGAGUAGAAGCUGUUGAUUUUGAGGUGAAACACUUGAUCGUUUUGGAUGGAACUUGGGGGAAAGCGAAGAGAAUGUACCAUGAGAAUCCAUGGCUGAAGCUAUUACCCCAUUUGAAGUUGGAUCCAAGCAAUAUGAGCUUGUACAGCGAAGUUAGGCACCAGCCAAAGGCUGGCUGUUUGUCCACUAUAGAGAGCAUCGUUAGCGCGUUAAAGGCGUUUGGAGAUGAUCGUGAGGGCUUGGAUGAACUCUUGGAUGUGUUUGUAUCCAUGGUCAGGGAUCAGAGGCGAUGCAAAGAUGAAAGAUUGAGCAAAAUCUCUCACGACGAGUCUUGAAUGGCUUCUGCUUAAAAAUACAAAAUUGAUUGUUCUAUCAUUCAUAGUUCAUACACGAUUGAACAGUUUAGUGACUACACAGAAGAGAAAUUAAGACGAACAACCUGUGACUGAUCUUAAUUUUUCUCCUGAUUACUGUUUCUUUUCCAAUUCUUGUUGUAUGAGGAUUUCAUAUGGAUUCAAAUCCAAGAACUGGCAAACAAGUUUCUUGGAAUUUCAGUGAAUUCAAACAAUAUUCAAACGAAAAUUCCUAA